AUGUCGCGCAUCUCGAGUACGAUGCAGUGGUAUGGUUACAUGCACUCGUCAACGGCGGAGAACGGCCCCAACAUAGAUCAUCUCAAUAACAACAAUAAUCCGACAUUUGAGCCAAGUGACCUCACUGCGCCUACAUUGCCAGACACUUCGAGGGCCUCGAUUGUGCAAGAAGAGUUUGGCGACCUCCUCCCGCCGCUGUUCAACGGCAACAUCAAUGCAUUCCAGUUCAAUGACAUAUUUCUUGGGAACACAGAAAAUAACUUGGAUAGAUUCUUCGCGGAUAUCUUCAGCCUGCCGACCUUCCCUCGUCUAGAUAUCAACGGACCGGCUCCAGCCCACGACUCCGGCAUCGAGUGGUUAGAGACUGUCAAGAAAUCCAACCAUGCUGACCACCAGGCCAGUCUACAGUUCAGCGACGCUUCCUCCGAGGCCCUGUGUGCCGACGAAUCGCAACACAGUCAAGUCCAGUCUGUCAAUCAAGACUAUCAAGAUUCAGAAGAUGAUAGCUGGGUUGCGUGCCUCGUUAACUGCCUGAAUGAACCGGAGGUUCAAAUGCUCAGAAUCAUCAUCUUGGAGCGCGCAACACGUGAAAUCAUCAAUCUACCUGACGAGUUCAACCGGGAUUUCAUCAGGGAGCAGGCAGCCCGGCAUCGUGACUCGCUUCUGGCACGGCUACUGAAUGGUCUGACACUGGCAGAAUUCGAGGACAUCAUAUUCGAAUACAAGAAGGCAUGGAAUGGACAUGGCAGACUCGGGGUAUUGACACCACCAAGCUUGAAGAGGCGGACAAGGCGUACUCCAGGCCGUCUUUCAUACGGACAUUACCGACAUCAUUUCCAAGCUUCGCGCUACAGAACAAGCAUGUGCCACCCUUCUACGACUGGCCGUGGCGAGGCACGUAGCAGGGCUGCCGCACAACCCGGGAAGGCAGAAGCUAUUUGCUCCUUGGAGAUCAUGGCCAGCAUGAUACUUUGCAUGCUUGAAUUCCCUGGUGCGCAUGUCGACGGAAUUCAGGCGGAGUACGACGCGAACAUGCGCACCCUGGCCAAUCUCAAGUCGAAGGACAUCUAG